UAGAAAAGAAGAAGAGUAAAAGAAAACGCCAACAAAAUAGACAACAAGGCAAGCCCGCGCCUCCGAAAAAGGACAUUAUAUCACAAGAUACGCUGCAACUAGUUAUAAGCCGCGUAGCCGUGCUGAUUUUCGACCGGAGCACGAAGAGAAAGCAGCCAAAACGGAGGCGCGCAGGCUAGCGGAGAUCGCGGCGAUGGAGAAGAAGGCCAAGGAGUCGCUGCGCCGCUACAAGAAGGCCGCCCGUCACAGUGCGACGCACUCGAGCAGCUCGGACUCCACCUCGGACUCCGACAGCGGGAGCAGCUCGUACAGCAGCACGGACAGCGAGCAGGGCGUGGGCGGGGUCGGCGUGGGAGUGGGACCUGGUGGUACCGGUGGUCCCGGCGGCAGUGGUAGCGUCCACGGUCAUCCCCAUCCCCACGGCCAUGGACAUCAUCCGCGCUCCGCGGAGCGGCAUCAUCGCAAAAAGAAGAGCUCACGGCGCGCCGGCAGCUCGUCCGGAGAUGAACCAUCGUCGUCGCGUCGCAAGCGAGACAAACGGGAUCAUGUGCAAAAGAAGCUGGUAGCCAAGCGGAAUCAUAUCAAACGAAAGCUGAAGGAAGCGCGCCUUAAGAAACGGGCGGCCGCUGCCCUCAGUGGUCACGUCCAUCGUUCCCUGUCGCCGACGACGAGAGCCAAGCUGAAGAAGCUGGCUGAGCGGAAAAGGCUACGGGCUGCCAGCAAGGAGCAACGGGAGCGGGACAAGCUGCGCGUCGUCCAACGGGACAGGGAGCGAGACCAUCAUCGAUUGGGCAGCAGCAGGAGUCCGCCGAGCAGCAGCACUACCACCACCACCAAGAUUCGCAUCCACCAGGACAUCGUGGGUAAACGGCAAAAGAGUCCAGGCUUAGGUUCUGGUCUUGGAGGCGGCAGCAGCAGCUCAUCCGCGCGAAUGCAUCAUCAGCUGAUGUCGCGAGAGAAGAUCAUCAUCCAGACCCGCGCACGUGGACGUACUCCGUCCCUAGAACGGGAGCGGGAAAGGGAGCGCGAGCGAGAACGAGAAAGAGAGCGCGAACGCCACGAUCUCUCUUUGCGGGAGCGAGAUCGUCGGGAUCGGGAGCGCGAGCGUGCGGAACGGGAGGCAGCCAGGGACAAGGAGCGCGCUGAGGCCUUGGCUCGCUGCCAAGAACGUCAACGGGAGCGGGAACGCUUGGCUCGCGAGAAGUUGCGUCGUCAGGAGGAAGAGGAGGGUGGUAAACGCGGUGGUCCCGGUCGAGACUUGGAUCUUCCUCCAUAUGGCAGCCGGGAGCGAUCGCUGGACACCGUCGAAAGAGAACGAGAGCGCGAGCGAGGCGGGCGUCAUGUGCGCGAUAAGCGCGAGUUGGAUCCCUACGACCGUGAGCAAGAGUAUCUGGAGGAACGACACGGACACGGGCUGAUCGACGAGAUGCGAAGGUAUCGGCGCCGGGACAUCAGUCCCCUGCCCGAGCACUAUGCACCGAGAAUGCGUGAUCCGCGGGAACUGUACUCCGAGGAGGAGCGGGAGAGGGCCUACAAGCGCGCCUAUCUAGAUGCCCGCUAUUCCUCGCGGGAACGAGAAGCCUGGCUGGAGGCACGCGAGUUGCGGGAACGAGAGCUGCAAGGACGAGAGUACCGUGACCUCGAAACGGAAGACACCCUUUAUCCGGACGAGCGGGAACGUCUAAUCCGGGACAGGGAACGGGAUCGGGAACGAGAACGCGACCGCGAAAGGGAGCGCAAUAUUGGAACCCGUGGCGACUUCAGACCGGAGUGGGAGCGCGAGUGGGAGGAGGAGGGAGCUGGUGCCGGCUCAGGCGGACCUAGUGGAACCCCUGGGCGACCGGGUGCCUUUGUUGGCGGCCCCAAGCGGGGUAAACCCCCAGCUCAUGCGGGCGGAGGCCCUCCUUCGCAGCAGCAGCACCAUUCUGCUUCGGAGCCCGACUGGGAUGCGGACGAGCGGGAGCGAGAGCGUGAUCGGGAACGGGAGCGCGAUCGCGAGGAUCGACCGGACACAGGAGGCGGAGGCUCUGGCGGCGAUAGGCCAUCUAUCAAAAACGAGCCCGCUUGGUUGGAGCACGAUCAGCGGGAAAAGCCACGCGGCUGGCAGCAGCAGUCGUCCAAUUCUGGAGGUGAUUGGCGAGAUAACGAUGACGCGCCGCCACCACCAUCCCAUCCGCAUCCAGCUUCCCCGCACCACCAUGUGCAUCCGAGGGGCGAACGAGGAUCCGGCAGAGGGUUCCGGCGCGGUGGCCACGGUCAUGGCGAUCACGGCGAGCGGCCCGGCUAUCGAUCGCAUCCGCCACCGCUGAUGACGUUGCCGGUGCAACCGCCUGGUGGUUACUCACGCGGAUUUCCCCAUAAGAGAUUGCCUUAUGGAUCUGCCCGAGAUGGCGGCGCACUGGGCGCCCGGGACGGCGGUCUGCCCGGAUCGUCCACUUUCCUCAAAAAGCACACUCACGCUCCGCUGGUCUCGCCGACGCAGACACCGCUCCUGAAUCCACUCCUCAACGCGGCCAAACCAAAUGCUGCCGCACAGGCGAGUGCUGUUGCGGCGGCCACCACAGCAGUGGCAGCGGCUAAGGCUGCGGCCCAAAGCGCCGCCAAUUCCACCACCAAUCCCGGAAUACUGGCUCAGGUAAGCAAACUGAAUAGCGUGUGCAUCAAGCAGGAAGAUGCGUCCGAAGACUCGGCAGGCACACCCGAACUGGGCGCCCAAGAUUCGCCAACCCAGAGUCUGAACUUGAAUCAGUCUAUGUCUUCUGAGGGCAAUCCAGUUAAGCAGGAGCCCGUCCGCUCCAGCGCCGUCGAGGGUGAGCUGAGCGAGAUUAGCGACAGCGAUGACGAUAUUCUUAAUAAGACGGACAAGGUGCGGCCCAAGAACGAGCUGCCCACGGAGCCGGAGCAGGAAAUGGACACCAAUGCGGACGAGGUCAAAAACGAGGCACUCACCGAUGUGUCUGGGCAUCCGAUCAAGGGCGAGGAGGGAGACGAGGUGCUGGACUUUGAGGAAAUAUCCGAUGGCGAACUCGAGGAGGAUGCGCGCCACAAGGGCAUUGGCGAUGCUUUGGGCGUGGACUGGCAGGGAUUGAUCGCAGAGACCCGUCAGCAGGCCAGCGAUGCUCAGGCGGCCCAACAGGGCGUGGAUCGCGGCACAUCCGCCAAGCAGAGAUGGCAGCCAUACCGCGUGCUCCUCGACUUGGGCAUAUCGUUCGGAAUGGCCGGCGAGGGCUACGCCCGUUGCGUCAUGGAGGAGGCGCGCCAGCAGUUGCUCCAGGAGAAGGAGCAGGGCCAGCAGCGCGAACUAGAUGGAGACGAGGAGCCUCCGGCUAAGAUACCCUCGCCACUGCUCGACUAUCGCGAAUUUCUGGCCAGCCAGCAGCAACUGGAGCCACUGGCCUGCGUGCAGAUGGGUCUUCGCAGCGCCGCCGUCGAGCGCCAGCGUUUGGUGGGCAAUGUCUGCGGUCCGGGCAGCCGAGCUCUGAGUGCUCGCCAGGAUUUGCGCUUGCGCCGCCAGCUGUGCGGUUUGCCAGCACGCGAAUGCGAAUUCCCGCGCAGUGUUCCCAUCGUGGGCGAGGGACUGCGAAACCUGGCAAUGCAGAUGUUCCAGCGCAGGCUCCUGGAUGUCAAAUGAGAUCCGAUGCCUGGCGAGCCGCGGGAGCGCCGUUAUCGAAAGCCCCGUCACUAUCGACUGGAUAUACAGAUCUUUAUGGGCGGGGAGAAGGGCAAGGCGACGAAACGAGACCACUACUAGGUGGACUUUAGGAAUAAGCAUAAAUUGUGAGAUAUAACUUGAUUUCGAUUAUUGAUUCAAACUUGGAAAUUGCGGAAAUUGCGAAUUAUGAAUUGCAUUAUAGAAAUUGUAGAUUAUGAAUUCAUUAUGAAUUAUAUAAAAUUGUGAAUAUCAACUGCAUGUUUAAAAUAAAAAGUGUCGUCCCAAUAAACA